GUCAGAUCAAUUUGUAAACAGAGCAGUCUCGAAGUCUAGUUAAAGACUGAAGUGUAGCCUAAAUAUAUGUGGUUUGAUUUUGAAUUGGACGUUACGGUGCAACGGAACUUCGGUUCCCAGCAGCGGACAACAUGGAGUGCCCCCUACCCACCCUGGGCUCCCUGCGGCUCCUGGUUCCUCCGCUGCGUCUGGUAGCCGCCUACAUGUGGCAGGUGACGCGGAGAGGGGACGUGAUGCAGUAUGGGAUUCUGGCAGACUUCGUCUCCCUGGUGAUGGAGGCGGUCCCGGAGCUGCUCAGUCCGAAGCAUGCAGUGGAACUUAUUCUGGGUCUGCGAGCCAGGGUGGUUCUAGAACUGUGCCGUGGGGAUCGUGCUGUAGCGUCUGACGAGCUGAAGCUCCACCUGGACAGCAUCCAGCUGCUGCUGCCCGUCCUCAGAGCAGAGGAUGGCAGCCUUGGUGAUUCAGAGACUGGCUUUACGAAGUUAGUUCAAACACUCCUCGAGGAUCUUGAAGAGAGAAAGAGCUUCUUCCAGGACGUGUUUCCGGAUGUGUGUGGCUCCCGUUAUGAUGAGGUGCUGCAGGUUCUCAUGUGGGACUUCCUCAGGAGACUGGAGAAGCUGCUGCCAGUCCCCGAUCUGCUGCAGGUUGUGUCGUGGCUUGACGGCUCUGCUGCGUUGGCUGCUGACUGCACUGAGUGCAUCACCCACCCUGAGAAUCUGAAGGCCUUAACCCAGUGCACUGAGGUCCUCGCUCGCCUGGAUCCUCCUAGCGCCCCCACAGUGCUGGGGGGAGUCAUCGUCUCCCUGCUCCACACCGGACCACACAGGACUGCCACCAGGGGGCAGAUGGACAGCACCACAGGGGGGCAGAUGGACAGCACCACAGGGGGGCAGAUGGGCAGCACCACAGGGGGGCAGAUGGGCAGCACCACAGGGGGGCAGAUGGGCAGCACCACAGGGGGGCAGAUGGGCAGCACCACAGGGCAGAUGGACAGCACCACAGGGCAGAUGGACAGCACUUGCCCUACACAGCAUUUCCAUCCGACCGAGGAUCAUGCCCAGAGCAACCCUGUGACCUCCGAGGAGGUUGUCCUGGAGACCGUUACCAAGACCACGUGCACAGGAAUGGAGCUGGGGACGAGUUUAGCUGACGGAGAAGCAGGGGAGGAGCCGGGAGGAGGAGGACACAGGGCAGAUGGAGGAGAGGAGGAGGAGGAGGAGAGCAGUGACUGGGUGUCCGAGAGGGACAGGAUGAGCCAGGGUCAGUCAGGGGAGGCAGAACUCCAACAGGAAACACACGGGCAGGGUUCCACCGCCACUUCCUGUGUGGAUGCAGAGCGGGCGACUGGUGGGACUGCUCCUGACUCCGCUGUCCCGGUCGGCUGGAGGAGGUCACAAAGGAAGCCAAAGAAAACCUGGAAGGUCAAGGUCGUCCACGCACAGGUGCAGAGGACAAAGGUCAAGGCCCAGGAAAGAAAACAUGGCUACUGUUUGGUGUCAAAGAACGUCAAUUCCAGUGAGAGUUCAGCCGUCGGCCCCAUUCGAGUAUCUGGUGGGGAAAACAGUUCAGAUGAGGCCGCCCAGACGUGGUCGCGUCCGCAGUGCCCAUUCUCCCACCAGCAGGAGGAGCUAGUGAGGCAACACCAGGAGCUGGUUCACACUGACCAGACUCAGACAGCGCCCCCCUCAGGCCCGGCCCUGCCUCACGCGUGCGCCGACUGCGGGAAGAGCUACCGCUUCGCCUCGGAGCUGAAGGCGCACCAGCGCACGCACUCGGGGGAGCGACCGUUCACCUGCCAGCAGUGUGACAAGAGCUUCGCGCACAGCCAGGCGCUGGCACGCCAUCGCUACACGCACGGUGCUCCGCGCCUCUACGAGUGCGGCCGCUGCCCCGAGGUCUUCCCUUCGAUAGCGGUCCGCAACGAGCAUCGACGUACGCAGCACGAGCCCAAGAACUACUGCGCCGAGUGUGACAAGCUCUUCAGUUCGCCAUCCGCUCUCCAGCGCCACCUGCUGUUGCACCAGCAGGAGCGUCCCUACAAGUGCCCCGAAUGCCCCGCUACCUUCCCCUGUCUGCCCAGCCUCACCCGCCAUGGGGUGGCGCACCGCACCGAGCGCUCCUACCCCUGCAGCUGCGGCAAGUCCUUCACCUACAAGGGGGCGCUGUUGAGCCACCAGCGCGUGCACUCCAACGAGCGGCCCUUCCUCUGCGACGACUGCGGCAAGAGCUUCCUGUACAAGGGCGCGCUGGAGCAGCAUCGCAUGACCCACUCGGACGAGAGGCCCUUCCUGUGCCCACACUGUGGCAAGGCCUUCAAGCGCCAGCGCAGCCUGAACAAGCACGUGAGCGGGCACACCCGCGAGAAAGUCUUCCACUGCUCACAGUGCGACAAGACCUUCUGCUACAAAGCCAGCCUGACACGGCACGAACUGACCCACUCGGGCGAGAGGCCCUUCCUGUGCGACGACUGCGGUAAGGGGUUCUUCUCGCACAGUGAGCUGCAGAAGCACCAGCGGUUUCACACGGGCCACAAGCCGUUCCGAUGCGCGGUGUGCGACAAGAGCUUCACGCAGUCCUGCUACCUGACUCUGCACAUGCGCUACCACACAGGUGUGCGGCCGUACACCUGCACGUCCUGCUCAAAGAACUUCAGCAGCUCCAUGCGGCUCAAGAGGCACAUGCGCACACACACCGGGGAGAAGCCGUACCAGUGCCCUGUGUGCCUCGCACGCUUUCAGCAGUCCUACCAGCUGAAAGCCCACCGUCAGACCCACCACGCCCUCAACCCCGACCAAUGACGCGCCACGAAUGGCGACUGAUGCACCUGACCCUCAGCUUCGACCAAUGACGCAGCUCAAAUGAUGACUGAUGCACCUGACCCUCAACCCCGACCAAUGACGCAUCUGGAAUGGCAGACACACUACACACUCUGCCUCGGCCAAUGACACGGCUGGAAUGCCAACGCAUCACAACCUCAGCCUCGACCAAUGACACGGCUGAAAUGGCCAACACACUCGGCCCUCAGACGCGACCAGUGACACAACUGGUAUUCAUGGGUUUCAUCAGGUCCCUUUCCAGAGAUCUAUUAAUCAAGCACCAUGCAGUCUGCAUUCAUAAUCCAGGUGCUUGAUUAAUACACCUGUGGAAAGGGACCUGAUUGAACCCAUGAAUAGAAAAUGCAUUGACCCAGCAAAUGCAUAUUCACCUGCACACCUGCACACGGCCCUCUCACCUGCACACCUGCGGCCCUGUCGACUACACACCUGUGGCCCUCUCACCUGCACACCUGCGGCCCUCUCACCUGCACACGGCCCUCUCACCUGCACACCUGCGGCCCUGUCGACUACACACCUGCGGCCCUCUCACCUGCACACCUGCGGCCCUGUCGACUACACACCUGCACACGGCACUCUCACCUGCACACCUGCGGCCCUCUCACCUGCACACGGCACUCUCACCUGCACACCUGCGGCCCUGUCGACUACACACCUGUGGCCCUCUCACCUGCACCUGCACACCUGUGGCCCUCACACCUGCACACCUGUGGCCCUCUAACCUGCACACCUGUAGCUCUCUCACCUGCACACCUGUGGCCCUCUCACCUACACACCUCUCACCUGCACACCUGUGGCCCUCUCACCUGCACACCUGUGGCCUUCACCAGAAUGAGGUGUGUCUGGUGCUGAAUGCUUCCUGAUAGAACACUCAAUCAUGCUCUGAUUCCACCAUUCCGUCCAGAGACGUGUGUGUCUGCAUUGCUCCAGAGACGUGUGUGUCUGCAUUGCUCCAGAGACGUGUGUGUCUGAUGUGUGUGUCUGCAUUGCUCCAGAGAUGUGUGUGUCUGCAUUGCUCCAGGUCUAUUUGGAUGACUCUUUUGGACUCAAGGGCACAAGUCUGAAACUUCUUAAAGGAUUUGUUAACCACUACAGCUUAAUAAUAGAAAAGAAGGGGGUUCUAUUCAUCAUAAACUUUUGAUUUCAACUCUUUUUGGAGUAGAUGUCGGUCUAAAACUCUACGUUCAUACUCUUGUUACUAAUAUUGUUUUAGCUGUUAAAAAUGAUAUGAUGUCUUUCAAUGUCCGUCAUUCAUGUUUCUACCUGUACCAUGUUUGUUUUAUUUUUGAGUUUUUAUUUUCAUAUUUGUGCCUUAUAAAGAAUGGGUUUCAUAUUGAAUGUAAAUGAAUUAAGCCCACAAAUAAAGUUCAGAAAUUGAGAA